AGACCGGAGAGCGACCGGCGGUCUUCACUCGGAGGCUGCCAAAGUGAUCUGUUUUAUUUCUUGUGGCUUUGCUUGACGCAAGCACAGCACAUACUACAUGUUCAUGGAAACGGCUGUAUUGUCCCGUUUUUUUUUUUCUGAAUAAAGUGUAGCCAGGGUAGCGGUGGGCUGGUGUAUACAGGACCCGGAAACAAAAAUGACUGCCCUGACUGUUUGUUGUCGACUCGCCACCGCACAUCCGCUCCCACCGAAUCACUCCUCCCCACAUCGCCCAACUCGCUUCGGCUUGCCCCUCUCCCUCCCUCUCCCUCUCCAUCCCACCGAUCCAUCUUCAAUGUCUCGCCUCCUGUCGACACUGCCCCAGACCCCCGAUGAUCUUGUGUCUUCGCUCUUCCUCCCCCAAGAGUCGCUCGAUGCUAUCGUCGGGAUCAUUGAUCUCAUGAUCGAAUCUGCACAAGCCCAUCGCAGCCAGCCACAACCCAGGCUGGCCCCAACACCCUCCCGACUGGCACACCAGCCCGUUGUGGAUGUCGAUGCCGCCCGUCGGAACGACGUUGUGCUCGAGUCGCUCUAUAUUGACCCUCAGGCCGACGCAUUCGAUUCCGUUGGCGAGCGUCUCGCUGAGUGGAUGGCGGUUGAUGACACCACCGCAGCCCUCUCGGCCGUCGAGAAUGUCUAUAGUCCUGCGUCGAUAGCCGGAAUCGGCCAGCAGGACGUAGACCACGAGGAAAUCAUUGCGCUGCUGCUGCAAGAGUCGAGGAAUCUUAGUGCCCAACUCCCUGCUGGCAAAGCCGCUCGUCGCCAGGACCAGCGAGGAUCGCUCGGCAAUCGCCAACGAAGCUUCCGCCCUCGUGUUGUCGAGAGCUCAAAGUCCACCAGAGCUUUGGCCGUGCCAGAGAAGGAGGCCAUUGUCUCCAUCUACGAGCAGGUGACGAGCUCGGGCACCACCCUCAAAAGAAUGGUCGAAACUCUGGUCUCGGAGGUGAGGCUCGUGUUCGUCUGUGCUGAUUCCCUCCUGGAUGAUAUUGCUCGCAUUCAUCGCACCCGUCCGUGGACGAGAGAGGGAGAGAGCGAGAGGGAGCGAGAGAUACACGAUCCAUACAAGCUGUUUAUUCAUAUCGGCGAUCUUUCCCUUGGUGUUGGGGCGGUGGCGAUUUGCAGGCCAUUCGCAUCGUCCGAAACCAACUUUCCCACCAGCCCGAGAUCCUUCCCGCCAAGCUCUAAGAUCUGGUCCCUUGAACGAGGAGGAGGACCAUGAUGCCUUUUCGCGAAACAGUCUCCGCCUUCUCCCAUCGCAGUUUUUGGAUUAUCGUCAGUGCUGGCUCUGUCUGGUCGUGCAUGCCCAAGUUGAACGGCAACUCAGUGCUGGAGUCGCAUGAGCAGCCAUCUGACGAAACAACGCCAUGAUGUCCCUGACUGAAUUGGAAUCUGACUCUCACCCCUCCCCCCCCCA